AUGGCUACGCCUCUUCUCGACAACCUCGUUCUGGCCAUCAACUCGGCCGCGUCGUCUGCUAGUCCGUCCGCCGUGCCUACGAUCCCUAGCGCGACUUCAGUACGAGACGACGUCGUUAACGAAGUUCGUUCACCUUUCACUCGCCCCAACUCGCCCGCCCCUUCCUUAAUGUCGUUCUCUUCGAUGCCGCCUCUUGUGUCGUUACCCGAGUCCGACAGCGAGCCUGGCGAGGUCGAUGAAGAUACCCCACUGCUCUUGAAGCCGGAACGCGUCGCAGGCGACGCGUCUGUCAGGCCGACGGGACACAUGCUUGACGCGUCGGACACCACUUCGGUCUUGACCUCGUCGGACGGACAGGCCAACCUGGCCGAUCGCUCCGCCUCCGCGUCUCUGCAGGCACGCGACGGGAGCGACGCUGAUGUCCCCAUGGACGGUGACGUUGUCCUAGCGGCGCGGCGGAGCACACCACCGCCGUCGUACGCCGCGGUCUUGCGUCAAGAGUUCCUGCGAGCCAGUCGACCUAUCGGACGUACGGAGCGCGCUGUCAACCAUCCGUCUUCCACGAUCGCCUCGGGACAGCCAAGAGUCUCGAUCGCCGAUCGUCCAUGGCGCCUACGCACCCCGAUAUUGAACGCCUUCUCCCUUUCGCCGCAGAACCUCCACGACAUCCUCUACUUCCUCUCCCUUAACCAGCUCGGCGUCGCACGCGCCCUCGAGGAGAUCAAGCCAUAUGAGCUCAGCUCGCUCAAGGCCGGUCUUACCGCUCUGCAUGAUCAAUUCCUCUUUGGACGCCGCUCCGCUCCCGUUCCGCCUCGACUCGCGAUCAACUGGGUUCACAAGCACGUUGUUCACCGGCACGGUAUCGAUUACUGUGUCAACAACAACCGCGAAUGGCUCCGCGACGUCGACAUCCCGCUUUACGCCAACGGGUUACGCGCAGUUGAGCGUUACUGGCAUGGCAGCGCCCGUCGAGGACGCCCCUACCUCUUCGUGCACCAGAUCGACGAGUUGCGCGUCUGUGCUCCGCAAUACCACGGGAAUGCGGGCGCGUUUCUCGAUCACAUCAAGAAGGUGGACGGAGAAAGGAUAGGGUCCCGUCAGUGAGGAUUGAACUGAUUGUUUGAAUACUGUGCAUCUUAGUUAUGCCUCACGUUCUUUACGCGUCAUGAUACACUGAUAUC